CCAAAGUGAAGAUUUUGAAUGAACAACAACAAAGUGAUUUAAAAAGUGGUUGAUAAAUUCUUUUGUUUAAUUAAAAAUUCAAAAUGGAGAAAAGAUCCAAGCGAUGGUCACAUGAUGAAACCAAAGCGUUUUUAAAAUUUUAUUCGGCAAGGCAGCGGGAAUUUACCAUCCCAAGAAAAAGACGCCUGGACUACCAAAACAUUGUGGAGGAUCUUAUUUCGGCGGGUUUUGACACUGCAACGACGGCUGCAAAUUGUGAGGUAAAGAUGCACACCCUGUUAAGGGCGUACAAAUGCGCCAAGGACAACGCUGGGGCAACAGGUGCAUCCCCAUGUACUCCUCCAUUUUAUGAAGAAAUGGAGGAGAUAUUUGGGGAUAAGCCAAUUCACACCAGGAGUGAGUCCAUCAAUAUUGGCUCUGUGCCCCCAAAUGUUGUCCAGGAUCCGGGUGCAUCAACUUCGCAACAGACGCCCUCAAUGGAGGUUGCGUCUCAAGAACGUGAGGCAGAAAAUACACUAACUGAACCAGCUACAUCUGUGCCAGAUAUAGCUGGUUCAGUUAGUGUAGUUGCUGCCUCACCGCCUCCAAUUGCAGUCGCUGCUGCUAGUGCCAGAACCCCGAAAGAAAGCCGAAACAUGUCACGGUCGGAUUUUUAUAAAAAAAAUAUUCAACUUCGAGAACUGGAGAUGGCGGAGAAUAAGGGCCAGUUCGAACAACGCCAGAAGUUGAAGAUAAGGGCCCUUGAAGAGCGUCAAAAACGAUUUGACAUCAAACAAAAAAUGUUUCAA